AUGAAACCGGCUUCCACCACAUCAAUGCUCCAGCUUCAGAGAGCAACGCAAAAGAACGUUGCAUGGAGGUUGCGUAAGGCAACCGUCCAGCUUGGCGCAUGGAACUCUCACCGGGGGCUUGCUACGCCUUCAGGUCCUUAUGACGCCAUCAUUAUUGGUGGAGGUCCUGGUGGAUAUGUUGCAGCAAUUAAGGCUGCUCAGCUCAGGUUGAAGACAGCAUGUAUAGAGAAGCGUGGCAGCCUUGGAGGUACUUGUCUCAACGUUGGUUGCAUACCUUCAAAAGCCAUGUUGAACAACUCUCAUCUCUAUCAUCAAACGAAACAUGACCUCCAAAAGCGUGGUAUUGAUGUUGCUGGCGUUUCCCUCAACUUGCCCCAGAUGCUGCAGGCCAAGGAGCAAUCCGUCAUUGGCCUUACCAAGGGUAUUGAGAUGCUCUUUAAGCAGAACAAAGUCGACUACAUCAAGGGUAGUGCAUCGUUUGUAUCUGCAACGCGUAUUGCGGUUCAACUCAAUGAUGGCGGGUUCAACCGAGGUCGAGGCGAAGAACGCGGUGCUAUUGAGAUUGACGAGAAGCAAAUUGUCAGCUCAACUGGUGCCCUUGAAUUCCAAAAGGUACCUGAGAAGAUGGUUGUCAUCGGUGGUGGUAUCAUUGGCCUCGAAAUGGGUAGUGUAUGGAGUCGCUUGGGUGCAGAGGUGACCGUCGUCGAGUUCUUGGGCGCAAUUGGAGGUGCCGGUAUUGAUGAGGAGGUUGCGGCAUGGUCAUGUCAACUACAAUGGCAUCCCUCUGUUGUCUACACUCACCCUGAAGUAGCAUGGGUAGGAAAGACGGAGCAGGAGCUUAAAGCCGCUGGUAUGAAAUACAAUAUCAGCAAAUUCCCCUUUGCUGCAAACUCACGUGCGAAGACCAACCAAGACAGCGAGGGCUUUGUGAAGUUCAUUAGCGAGAAGGAGACGGACCGCAUUCUAGGUGUCCACAUCAUCGGUCCUAAUGCUGGUGAGAUGGUCUCAGAAGCUGUUCUGGCAAUGGAAUACGGUGCAAGCUCUGAGGAUAUUGCACGGACAACGCAUGCUCACCCUACCCUGAGUGAAGCAUUCAAGGAAGCAGCAAUGGCUGCCUACUGGGAAAGCAAUUCACUUCUAGAUUACGAUAUGUUUACCCUUGUCAUGGUCUGA